UUAACCGCUUCCCGUCCAGCAGCUGUAUAUAAACGGCCGGAUGGUGGCAGACCAGGGGCGGGUUGCCAUUCAUAAACGGCGCCCACCAUUUUGGACUGUGCGUGCUCCCUGGGAGAGCGCAGCACCGCGAUCCGGUGCCCGCUGUGUACUGCAGACACAGUGGAACACCGAUCGUCGUACUGGGACCUCUGUGCGUGGUCCCGAUCAUGUGAUCACUGAUUGGCCAAUCCGUGAUCACAUGAAGAGUAGUAAGCAAGAUGUCACUUCUGACAAUAUUGCUUACUACUUGUGAAAUCUGUGAAUGAUCACAGAGAUCACAUGAUACAGGACCAUUAACAACAGCCUUGUACCAUGUGACAAGCUGUGACCAAUCACAGCUCUCACAGUA